AUGGAAAUUAUUUUAUCCAGACAAUUCAUUUUAUUGACUUUAGCCACUUCAAGCUUGUUAACAUCAAACAUCUUUUGUGCAGAUAAUUUAAGGAUGUCCAAUCUUCACAGCAAAGAAAACUAUGACAAAUUUUGUGAGCCUAGAGGAGACUCCAAAGGGGAAAAGGAAAGAAGCCUCAAUUUUGAAGAAUUAAAAGACUGGGGACCAAAAACUGUCAUUAAGAUGAGCACACACACAGUCAACAAAAUGCCACCCUCAGUCAACAACUUGCCAUUGAGAUUUGGGAGAACCAUGGAAGAACGAAGUCCUGGGCCAACGUCCAACUUGCCUUUGAGAUUUGGAAGAAAUAUGGGGGGAAGUAUCUUGAGACGAGUUCCUAAUCUGCCCCAAAGGUUUGGGAGAAUGACAGCAGCCAAAAGAGUCACUAAGACACUGAGUGAUUUAAUCCAACAAUCCAUAGAUUUACCAUCUGCCAAUGAGUUACUUUACUCCAUGACCUGCCAGCUCCAAGAAAUUCAGAAUCCUGACCAAAAGCACCCAAGGAUGCUGGGAUUCAAGAAAAGAGAUGAUGCAAAAUUGAAACAAGAAAAAUAAGAAAUCUGGAGCCUUCCCCUGAACAUGACAUAAAGCUGUGGCCUCUAAUCUGCCAACAGCUCUACAGCGAGAGAAUGAAUGGUCACGGCACUCGUGCGUUGCACUGGGACGUAUCAUUCACAACAAUUUUUCCUUGUCAGUACAGCUAGUCACUUAAGGAAUAAUUGUAAUGUAAUCUGGAAAUAACUGUUGUCUAAAUAAAAAAAAAAGCAUUGCAAAUACUUAAGAAGCCUCUGGUAAUGGUGAGAGACAGAGAAAGAGAGUGAGAUGGACUGAAGCCACGUUACUAACUAGUUGCCAUACAGUCGAUUCAGAUUCAGGGCAACCCUAUGUGUAUCAGAGUGGAACUGUGCUCAAUAGGGUUUUCGGUGGUUGAUUUUUCAUAAGUAGGUUCUCAGACCUUUUUUCUAAGGUGCUCCUGGGUAGAAUCAAACCUCCAACCUUUCGGAUAGCAGCCGAGCAUGUUAACCAUUUGCGCCAACCAAGGAUGUGAAAACCAUGACACCUACACUUAAGAAAAAAAUGAAAUAGAAGUGCAAGAGUAGCCUGACAAAUAUUUUGAUGAAAAUAAAACAAUUAACUGAAUGGCAUGGUUGACAAAUAAGUGAGCAUGUAUAACACAUCACUUAUAAACACGUUUUCCUGCACCUUUUUUUUUUUCCAUUGUAUCAACUGUUAGUGAAUCUUUGACAGACUGAAAUUUAAAACCUGUCGUGUCUCUGUGUAAAUGUAUAAGAUAAAGAAAACUCUUAGAUUUGGGGAGAUAAAACAAAAAGGCAACUAUUAACUCUUCUCCUUCUCCCUAUGUAUCUGGAAAUAUGCCUUCUGGCGUGUCUCUUUUCUUUGCAUUUAAUAUUUCAAGUUUUGAAUUCAUAGAAAAAAAAAAUCUAGUCACUCCUAAGCUAGCAAUUU